AUGGUCGAAAAGGACUCUGGCGCUGGCCUUGGAGAAUGCCUAUUGAGCCAGUCUGCCCACGCUCUCCCAUACGACGUUGUGAUUAGAGAACUGGGGACCAAACUCGAAGAGGGCUUGAGCUCUGAGGAAGCGAAACAACGUCUUCACAAGUAUGGCCCCAACAAGUUGGAAGAAGGUGAAGGAGUCUCCGUGAUCAAAAUUCUUAUCCGCCAGGUGGCCAACGCAAUGAUGCUAGUCUUAAUACUAGCCAUGGCCGUCAGUUUCGGUAUCAAAUCGUGGAUUGAGGGCGGAUUUAUCACCGCUGUUAUCGUUUUGAAUAUUAUCGUGGGUUUCUUCCAGGAGUAUGCCGCCGAAAAAACAAUGGAAUCAUUACAUUCAUUGAGCUCGCCUACCGGUACAGUGUCUAGGGACGGCCAGACUUUCGCGGUUCCUUCAGUGGAGAUCGUUCCUGGUGAUAUGGUUGAAUUGCGAACAGGCGAUACAGUUCCAGCAGACAUCAGAUUAGUCGAAGCUGUGAACUUCGAGACAGACGAGGCCCUGCUCACAGGAGAGUCCCUUCCGGUCCAGAAGGAAUAUGAUUCUACAUUUAAGGAGGAUACUGGCCCUGGAGACCGUCUGAACAUCGCUUAUAGCUCUAGCACCGUCACUCGCGGUCGCGCGCGUGGUGUGGUCUUCAGUACCGGUAUGUCCACUGAGAUUGGUUCUAUUGCUGCUGCACUGCGAGAUAGCAACAGUAAGAAGCGCCCGGUGAAGCGUGGACCCAACGGAGAGACGAAGAAGCGUUGGUAUGUUCAGGCAUGGACCCUGACGGGUACUGAUGCUGUCGGAAGCUGUCGAAAUUGGCCAUUAUACUGUUCGGAGUCGCUGUACUCUUUGCUAUCGUUGUAA